CGACGCCAGGGAAGGAGGGGAAGAGAGAGAAGGAAAACCCCUCGCUGUCCUCGGUUUUCCGUCUUAUCUCUGCCGAAUUCCUCCACAUUGCUCUUGAUCGUUCGUCAUCCUCUUGGUUUUGCAAGUUUCCCCGCUCUCUCCUGCGGAUUCCGACGCCUUUCUUGGCUGAUUUAGCUCUUCUUUAUUUUCCGAUUAAAGGAAAUUUCAUUAAUUUAAAGAAAGAGGAAACUACUAAUUUGGAGAUGAUGGAUUCGGAGGACGAUAUGCAUGAUGCAGCAGAGGAGGAAUCCUUAGAUGAUUUCUACAGCGGAGACACGGCGAUGGCUAGCGAUGACGACGAGGCCGACUAUGAAUUCCUGGACAACGAUACCGAUGAUUCCGAUGGUAUGACGGCCCGUCGGUCGCAGCAAAGCUAUACCAUCUUAAAUGAAGCUGAUAUACGUCUGCAUCAAGAGGAUGACAUAACAAUGAUAUCUACUGUGCUAUCCAUUUCAAGAGAUUCUGCUAGUAUCCUCUUACGACACUAUAACUGGAGCGUCAGCAAAGUCAAUGAUGAGUGGUUUGCAGAUGAAGAUAAUGUUCGGAAAGCUGUAGGCUUGUUGGAGAAGCCAGUAGUUGAGAUAACGCCUAAUGCCGUGGAGCUUACAUGUGGGAUUUGCUUUGAAACUUAUCCUCGUGGAGUAAUGCAUGCUGCUGCUUGUGGACAUCCAUUUUGCAGUGCCUGUUGGAAAGGUUAUAUGAGUACAUCAAUAAAUGAUGGACCUGGAUGCCUGAUGCUGCGGUGCCCUGAUCCUGCUUGUGGUGCAGCUGUUGGCCAAGUUAUGGUCAAUUUGCUGGCAUCCAAAGAUGAUAAGGAGAAAUACUCACGUUAUCUUCUUAGAUCCUACGUUGAAGAUAAUAGGAAGACAAAAUGGUGCCCAGCUCCAGGCUGUGAGUAUGCAGUGGAUUUUGUUGCUGGCAGCACUAACUAUGAUGUCAUUUGCAACUGUUCUUAUUAUUUCUGUUGGAAUUGCACAGAGGAGGCACACCGUCCUGUUGACUGUGACACAGUUGCCAAGUGGAUUUUGAAGAACAGUGCUGAGUCGGAGAAUAUGAACUGGAUACUGGCAAAUUCCAAGCCCUGCCCAAAGUGCAAGAGACCAAUUGAGAAAAACCAGGGAUGUAUGCAUAUUACUUGCACACCACCUUGCAAAUUUGAGUUCUGCUGGCUUUGUCUUGGUGCAUGGACUGAACAUGGUGAACGGACUGGUGGUUUUUAUGCAUGUAAUCGUUAUGAGACUGCAAAACAGGAGGGAGUGUAUGAUGAAGCUGAAAGAAGAAGAGAAAUGGCUAAAAAUUCAUUAGAGAGAUAUACCCAUUAUUAUGAAAGAUGGGCUACAAACCAGUCGUCACGUGCGAAGGCACUGUCAGACUUGCAUCAAAUGCAAACUAUCCAUCUUGAAAAAUUGAGUGACAAGCAGUGUCAACCUGUUUCACAGCUGAAAUUUAUCACCGAUGCAUGGUUACAGCAGAUAGUGGAGUGUAGAAGAGUAUUGAAGUGGACAUAUGCAUAUGGGUAUUACCUUCCUGAGCAUGAAUAUGCAAAGAGGCGGUUUUUUGAGUACCUACAAGGGGAGGCUGAGUCUGGGUUGGAGCGACUACAUCAGUGUGCUGAAAAAGAGUUGCUUGCAUUCCUUGAUGGUGAAGGGCCAUCUAAAGAGUUUAAUGAGUUCAAGACUAAGUUGGCAGGCUUAACCAGUGUGACUCGUAAUUACUUCGAGAAUCUGGUAAAAGCAUUAGAAAAUGGGUUGGUGGAUGUGCAUUCCCAGGGAACAACUAGUAGAUCAGCAAGCUUCAAGGCUGCUCCUAGCAAGGGGAGGAGUGGCAGGGGCAAGGCUGCUACUUCAAGAUCUGGUUAUGGAAAGGGCCUUGAUGAUACGGAUCACUGGUAUUGUGAACAUUGCACAUUUGCCAACCAGAAUUCAAUAAACAUCUGUCAGAUAUGCAACCAUCGUAGGUAACAAGCAGAAGCCAUGUGCACAUAACUUGUGCAUCUGUUGUAUCGGUGUUCCCCCAGUCUUGAAGGUGUCUGCAUUUGAAGACUUCUUCCUCCUUGAGAAUUAGUGAAGUUUCUACUUUUGCCUCUUGCUUAAUUAGUCAGAAUCAUAUCAGGGCUCAUGUUGUAAAUAUCCUUCUGUUGAUUAUAGAGGAGCGGGGAAAAUGUAAAUGCAAAGGUUUAUCGUUUCCUUAUUUGCUCGGUUGUGAAAUCGCUGGUGUUGCUAAGAUUCUUGAGAUCUAGUCAUGUGAGUAGCAUAAGCUUUACGUCUGUGUAAUCCCAAUUUGAAGGUAAUGGUGUUGGAAUCUAUUCAUGGAUCAAUUCCAUGUUUCCCUUGUGUCAUUGAGGUUCAUCUUGUCCUUGUAUAGAGAAGCUCAUGUAUAUUUUCGAUCAAUAGCACAUCUUCUAUCAAAUUUUUAA